AUAAAAAGAAUAAUCAUUUCAUUUCCAAACGAAAUAGACAUAGAUCGAUCCUCUCCAACCCUCUUCCAGUUUCUGUUAUCCCUUAUCAGUGUUACUGUUCAAGGGAGAAGAACACCCAAAGGACUUCAACACAACCUCGUCACUUUCCCUUCACUAUUCAAUGGUACCCAACUCUUAAAAAACAUCAAAGUUAUGAACUUUUCUUGUGCCAUAACAAAACCCAAUUUUCCAUUUUGCCAAACAGAAAUGCCAAUUCUAACAUUUGGUCAUUCUAAGUUAAGUGCUACCCUAGCUCUUCAAUUGCCAUGUAGUUGUGUUAGGAAGAUAAGGUUGAUUACAAAGUUUCAAUGUUCUGUUGCUGGUAGGACAUAUACUUCUAGGACAGGUGAUUCGCGGGGACCCAAACGGGGUUCUGGCGAAAUUCAAAAAAGGAAGGGAGGACCCUCGUCAUCAUAUCUUGGUUACAUUCGUCCUAGUUUAUCUGAAAUGAAGAACGAUAAGGUGGCGUUACGUGAAAAUGUUUAUCAGUUCUUGCGAGGAAUUGGCAUUGUUCCUGAUGAGCUUGAUGGUCUUGAACUUCCUGUUACGGUUGAUGUUAUGAAGGAGCGGGUUGAUUUUCUUCAUAACUUGGGGCUUACAAUUGAAGAUAUUAAUAAUUAUCCUCUUGUUCUUGGUUGUAGCGUCAAGAAGAAUAUGGUUCCUGUGCUUGACUACCUUGGUAAAUUGGGAGUUAGGAGAUCCACGUUAACACAGUUUUUGCGGAGAUACCCGCAAGUGCUUCAUGCUAGUGUGGUUGUGGAUCUUGUACCGGUGGUAAAGUAUCUUCAAGGGAUGGAUAUCAAGCUCAAUGAUAUUCCUCGUGUUCUUGAGAGGUAUCCUGAACUAAUGGGAUUCAAACUUGAGGGUACCAUGAGCACAUCAGUUGCUUAUUUGGUUGGAAUUGGUGUUGAUAGAAGAGAACUCGGAGGUGUCUUAACUAGAUACCCGGAGAUUUUGGGGAUGCGGGUUGGUAGAAUCAUCAAGCCUUUUGUGGAGUAUUUGGAAAGCUUGGGUAUUCCACGGCUAGCCAUUGCUAGAUUGAUAGAGAAACAACCUUAUAUUCUUGGAUUCGAUCUGGACGAGAAGGUGAAGCCAAAUGUCAAAUCCCUUGAAGAGUUUAAUGUUAGGAAAACAUCACUUGCAUCUAUAAUUGCUCAGUAUCCUGAAAUCAUUGGAACUGACCUAGAGCCGAAGCUUGCCAAUAAGAGAAAUGUGCUUAAUUCUGUGCUUGAUUUGGAUCAUGAGGAUUUCGGCUUAAUUGUUGAGAAGAUGCCGCAGGUAGUUAGCCUCGGUAGUACACCUAUGCUGAAGCACGUUGAUUUUCUUAAGGAUUGCGGGAUUUCCGUGGAUCAAAUGAGGAAGAUGAUUGUUGGAUGCCCUCAACUACUUGCUUUAAACAUUGAUAUCAUGAAACUUAGCUUUGAUUACUUCCAAAGUGCGAUGGAAAGGCCUUUGGAAGACUUGGUUGAAUUUCCAGCAUUCUUCACAUAUGGUUUGGAGUCAACAAUAAAACCUAGGAAUAACAUGGUUACCAAGAAAGGAUUGAAGUGUUCUCUGGCAUGGAUGCUUAAUUGUUCUAAUGAGAAAUUUGAGCAACGAAUGGACUAUGAUACUAUUGACAUGGAAGAGAUGGAAAUGGAACCGUCAUUUGACAUGAAUUCAUUGAUGCGACCAAGGAAUGAUGACUCAGAUUCUGAUUAUGAAGACAGUGAUUUUGAAGAUGACGAUGAAUAAAAUGAUUACCAUACUUUAGUAACUAGUCUGCCUAAGAGAAUUUUGAUCUUCUCUUGGAUGAUGUUUAUACUGAUAGUUUCAAUGCUGUAAUGUACCACUGAAAAGGUAUGUAUAUGAUUCACGAGUACAAGUGAAGCAUUUCAAAGUUUUGCAGCCUAAUUAUUCUAUUGUUUUAAGGUUUUACCUCUUACAUGUUGUUACAUGUUGUUUAGUUUUUGACAAGUAGAGCUACUGAUGUCAUAUUCAACUAAAAUAUUUGUUGUAGUGAAACUCUGGGAUUGUGAUGAGAAGUUAGUUGACCAACCAAUAUGAGAGAGUGAUUAUGUUCCUUUUAGCAAAUACAUGUUUGGUUUAUCUCUA